AUGCUCAGCUACGCUAAGCCCGAUUCAAACGAUCCAUCGGAUUCGACGACUGCAAUCAGGAGUCGUCGGAGAUACAACUUCGACAACGACUUGACGUACUUCCAUCGGAGCGAUCAGUAUUCGCGGAUUCUCGCACGGAACCUCGAGCGGGAAUUCGAGUCUACCCCGCACCCUCAAGGCGGUCGAUUCUCACGGAUGCGGCAUCAAUCCGAAGCCGCAGGAUUCGUUCAAACUCAAAAGCAGAAGCCUCACAGGGGAUUGCGUCGCUUAAUUCAACCCGUCUUCCUGCUUCGAUCGCUCAUAACGAUCUCGUGCGUCGUGGGUUUCGUGUAUCAGAGCGCUGAUUUCUUUUUAGGCUUCUUUCGUUUUCCAACCACGACAAACAUACGCGUCGAAUCGAUGAAAGAUUUGGUGUUUCCCUCUCUGACUGUCUGCGUGGCCAAUUGGGUGAACCGUGCAAAGGUUUGCGAGAUGGACUCGUUUAGUGGAUUAUGUGGAUCCGAACACCCGACCCCGAAACGGCUGAUAGACGCUCUGUGGAGUUACAGACCAAUCGAAUCCCUUGCUUUCUCCACGCAGGAAAUCAUUGGCCACUGUCAUAUGAAGCCGACAUCGGGCUGCAAGCCUUUCGAUUGCGAUGACAACUGGGAGUUCGCCUAUGCAAGAUUUCCAGACGCCAUGUGUUAUUCUCUGGAUCUCCACGCCAUCUCGGACCCGGAACAUCCUUUGAACAAGUGCAAAUAUCCCUGGGACUACGAGCUGAACGUCACCAUGGGAUGGGACGAACAGGACACGCUGCAGAUCUCAGACAUGUACAAGGCCGACGCUGUCUUGCACCAGGUGGACACCAACUCCGCGGGUCAAUCACAUCCGCUGUUCUUCGAGCCGGGGGCCCGGUACAUCAUCUUAGUCGAGCAGUUUACAACCCUGGCAUUGCCGCCGCCUUAUCAGACGCAGUGCAUCGAGUACAGUGAGCUGCCCAGAUCCCGUAUGUUCUACGGGACGACAACCCAGAAUCUUUGCUACGAGAUGUGCAAGACCGUUCAGUGGCAGGCAGCCUGCGCAUGCGUUUCGCCGAGGUACCCGUACCGCGAUCGCUAUCCGAAGGUGUGUAACCAGUCCGAAACAGCUCAUUGCGCCAAAAUCGAUGUCGAACAGCAAUUCACCGAACGCUGCAUCAAGAAAUGUCGCCAACCAUGCAAGGAAGUCACAUACGAGGUUCAGGUCACCGCUCAAGGUCAGAAGGAGGAGAAAACUUCGGCAGCCGAUGCUGGUGAGAGCGGAGACGAUUAUUACGACGACGAAGGAAAGGCGACUGAGAGCUCGAACGACACCGAGGUCGCGAUAGCCACGAGGAAACAAUUCAGCCUAACAGUGAUGUUCGCAAGUGAAAAACACACCAUACUCCAACACAUGAGGAAGUUCACAUUCAUUGAGGUGUUCGGCUAUCUAGGAGGCUAUGUGGGCAUUUGGCUCGGCAUGAGUUUCUUCUCUGUCCUCGACGACCUAAUCGUUUAUGUGCGACUGAGGUGA